AUGCGAGCGCGCGGGUUCAGCGGAUGGGCCCUUUGGGUGCUGGCGCUGUGCACUGGCGCUUCGGCGCAGGUGCUCACGCCGCCCUAUUUUAAUUUAGCGGAAAAUCGACGUAUAACGGCCACUGCCACGUGCGGACUGGAUGUAGCCGAUCCCGAAUUAUAUUGUAAACUAGUCGGAGCAAAUGCUGAUCGCGGUGCAUCUUUCUCCGAUGACCUGAUUCAAGGAGGACAAUUCUGUGACGUAUGCGACCCAUCGAGACCCGACCGACACCACCCUGCCGAAUAUGCCAUCGACGGGUCAGAGCGCUGGUGGCAGAGUCCCCCCCUGUCACGUGGCAUGAAGUACAACGAGGUCAACCUCACCAUCGACCUGGGUCAACUUUUCCAAGUUGCGUACGUACUCAUCAAGAUGGGCAAUUCCCCGCGGCCUGGAGUGUGGGUUCUGGAGCGCUCGGUCGACAACGGAGAAUCGUACACACCGUGGCAGUAUUUCGCUGACAGUCCCGGAGACUGCGAGAACUUCUUCGGAACCGAAACUCUUGAGCCCAUCGAAGAGGACGAUGACGUCACUUGCGUCACUCAAUUCUCGAAGGUGGUGCCGCUCGAAGGAGGAGAAAUCGUCGUGUCCCUGCUGAACAACCGGCCGUCAGCGAACAGUUUCUUCAACUCGACUGUCCUUCAGGAGUUCACGCGAGCCACUAACGUCCGGCUGAGGCUCCUGCGCACCAAAACCCUCCUGGGCCAUCUCAUGUCGGUGGCCAGGCAGGACCCCUCCGUCACUAGAAGGUAUUUCUACUCCAUCAAAGACAUCAGUAUAGGAGGCAGGUGCGUGUGCAACGGCCACGCAGAUGUGUGCGACAUCACCGACCCCAACGACCUGUACAAGCUCCAGUGCCGAUGCCAGCACAAUACCUGCGGCUCCCAGUGCGAGAUGUGCUGCCCGGGAUUCAUCCAGAAGAAGUGGCGGCCCGCGGGCUAUCAGGACGGCUUCGUGUGCGAACCCUGCAACUGCUACGGCCACACAAACGAGUGCGUUUUCGACGAAGAAGUGAACAGCAAAGGCCUUUCCAUCGACAUCUACGGCGUGUACGAGGGCGGCGGCGUGUGCCAGAACUGCCAGCACAACACGGAGGGCAUCAACUGCGACAAGUGCAAGUCAGGCUUCUACCGGCCGUACGACAAGGAGCUGAACGACACGGACGUCUGCCAGCCCUGCCAGUGCAACGUGUUCUACUCAACCGGCAACUGCGCGGAGGGCUCGGGCCAGUGCGAGUGCCGACCCGAGUUCCUUCCUCCGUACUGCCAGGAGUGCAACGACGGCUACUACGACUACCCGGACUGCAAGCCGUGCGACUGCCAUCGCAACGGCACAGUCGGGGGCGUGUGCGAGGUCGGCGGUGGGCAGUGCCCUUGCAAGGAGAACUACCAGGGCUUCAACUGCGACGAGUGCGCGCCGGGCUACUACAACUUCCCCGAGUGCCUCCCGUGCGACUGCAACGACGUCGGCUCGCUCAAUGAAACCUGCGACAUCGUCACCGGGCAGUGCAGCUGCGAGAACAACUUCGGCGGGCGCGCCUGCGAACGCUGCGAGCACGGAUACUAUGACUAUCCUUCCUGCAAUUUCUGCAACUGCGAUGCGAGAGGAACCGAAGAAGAGAUCUGCAACAAGGAGACAGGGGAAUGCCUGUGUCUGGUCGGGUAUAGCGGGAAUCGGUGCGACGGCAGCGCCCCCGGCUUCUGGGGUUACCCUCUCAUCCAGAGCUGCGGCUGCCACGAAAAGGGCUCGGCCUCCUCGAUCUGCGACGCCUCCGGGGACUGCGCUUGCCUGGCAGGCUUUGCGGGGCGGGCGUGCGACCAGUGCAGCCCGGGCUACUACAAUUUCCCCGAAUGCAUGUCGUGUAACUGCGACCAGGCGGGCAGCAUUGGCAUCUCCUGCGAUCACGAUGGCAAAUGUCGCUGCAAGCCCAAUUAUGAUGGCAUCCACUGCGACAUGUGCAGAGAAGGCUUCUACAAUUUCCCCUUGUGUGAAGAAUGCAACUGCAACCCUGCUGGUGUUCUGGAAACCUUUGCUGGCUGCGGCAAUGCUCCUGUUGGGGAACUGUGUGAGUGUAAAGAACGAGUCACAGGAAGGAUCUGCAACAUGUGCAAGCCUCUGUACUGGAACCUUCGCUAUGACAAUCCACUGGGCUGCGAAGACUGCGCCUGCCAUACGCCAGGCACCAUAGGCGGCGUGUCUUCUUGUGACUCCGAGACGGGCCAGUGCUUCUGCAAGCCCGGAGUCACAUCGCGCAGGUGCAACGAAUGCCGCGACGGAACCUUCAACCUCCUGGACAGCAACCUCUUUGGCUGCUCAGACUGUGGCUGCAAUCAGGGCGGCUCCGUUGACAACUUCUGCGACAAGAUCAGUGGCCAGUGCCGCUGCAAACCGAGGGUCACCGGGCAGAGGUGCGACGAGGUGCUGAAGCUGCAUUACUUCCCGACACUCUACCAGCUGAAGUACGAGGCCGAGGACGGACACACGCCGCAGAACACCGCCGUCAGGUUUGGCUACGACGAGGAAGUUUUCCCAGGUUACUCGUGGAGGGGCUACGCCGUUUUCUCCGACAUCCAGAAGGAAAUCAUACAUGAAGUGUACAUCGAGAAGCCGUCUCUCUACCGCAUGCUGAUGUACUACCGUAACCCGAGUUCCAGGACGAUCGUCGGCACGGUCAGGAUCACGCCCGACAACCCAAGUGAUACGGAACAGGAAGACACCGUUUACUUCCUGCCAACAUCGGGCCCAGAGCUCAUGACUGUCGUUCGCGUCCCGGGCGAUUUCCCCGUUCAUCUCGUCAUGAACCCUGGGCGCUGGACGGUUUCUAUUGUCAACAGUCAGAAUCUUUUCUUGGACUACUUCGUACUCCUUCCCGAGGCUUAUUAUGAAGGCACAAUCCUCACGGAGAACAUAACCACUGCUUGCAUGAUUGGCCAAGAUAAGAGAGAGAUGUGCCUGCAUUACGCCUAUCCAGAUGCAUUGCAGUACGAUUACAUCUACGGCUCUGCAGGGUACAAAAGUGUCGGCGGGGAACGAUUAGCUGUUGACUUGUUUAGCGAUGACGAGGUCCUAGCAGAGCUGGAGACGCAGCCGAUGGCCUGGCUGAACCACAACCAGCCCGAGGUGCAGUACGACAUCAGGCUGACCCGCGCCGGCCGCUACAUUCUGCUCAUCAAUUACUACACUCCCAGCGGCGCGACGACAACCAACGUCAUCGUGGAGACGUCGACGCUCAAGGGCAGGGAGAAAGGGCGCGCCAUCUUGUACGACUGCAUGUUUUCGACCACCUGCCGUCAAGCGGUCACGGAUCUGAGCGGGCAAGUGGGCGUCUUCCACUUUGACAGCAACUUCAUCAGUGUGAAUGUCAAGGGCGAAACAAACACCAACAUCGGAAUCGACUCCAUCGUGGCCGUUCCUUAUGACCUGUGGCACCAAGACCUGGUCCGACCCCAGCCGAAGUGCACGCGCAAGGAUGGGGUGUGCCAAGAGUCCUUCUAUCCAUUCCCGCCGGAGACAACCAAGAUCGAGUUUGAAUCUAACCUCGAAGGGAAAAUGGUCUCUACACUACCAGCGGGCAUGAAAGAGGGAACCGGUCUUGUGUACCUUAACCACAGUGACCCCAUGGUAGACAUCACAGGGCAGCUAAACUAUGCCGGAUAUUACGUCUUUGUCGUGCACUACUAUCAGCCAUACUAUCCAGAGUUUGAUCUUAAUGUGUUGCUGCAGAAUGGACAGUUUUAUGAGGGAUCUCUCCCGGUGCAUCACUGCCCCAGUAUAUCAGGGUGCAGGGCUGUGAUCAAGCAGACCGAUGGCUCUCAUGUCUUCGAUAUAUUGGAGAAUUUCGUUCUUUCACUAAAGGAGCCAAACCACAAGUCUAUUUGGCUAGAUUAUUUGUUAGUGAUUCCAGCAGCACAGUAUACAGAAGAGGUACUGCAUGAACUCCCACAUGAUAAGACUGCUGAAUUCAUUAGGAUCUGUGGAGAGAACAAUUUCAAUGUUCUGGCAAAUGCUACAGGAUUUUGUAAGGAUGCUGCCUUCAAGCUGACAAUGGAUUAUAAUAAUGGAGCUCUAGAAUGCGAGUGUGACUUCUAUGGCUCAGAGAGUUUUGAGUGUGAAGAAUUCGGAGGCCAGUGCCCCUGCCGUCCAAAUGUGAUUGGCCGAAAGUGUAAUCGUUGCAAAACUGGUUUCUUUGGCUUCCCUGAUUGCAAGCCUUGUGACUGCCCCUCUACUGCACUUUGUGAUCCUGUGUCUGGUGAGUGCAUUUGCCCACCACGUGUUGAGGGCGACAGGUGUGAGCGCUGUGCCCCCUUCACCUAUGGAUUUGACCCAAUCAUUGGAUGUGAAGAGUGUCAGUGUUCUCCCCUCGGUGUUAGGGCUGGGAAUCUCCAGUGUGAAUUGGAAACUGGCCAGUGUGAUUGCAAGGAGAAUGUAGUGGGAAGAAGGUGUGAGCGAUGUGAAGCUGGUUACUGGUCCUUCCCCUUCUGCCAACUGUGUGACUGUGAUCUGCGAGGAACAGAAGCAGACAUUUGUAACCAGGAUGAUGCCAGCUGUUUCUGUAAGACCAAUGUCCAGGGUCGUGCCUGUGAUGCCUGCCAGGCGGGCUCCUAUAACUUGGAAGAGAGCAAUCCAAAUGGAUGCACAAAGUGCUUCUGUUUUGGAAAGUCUGAAUACUGUUCAUCUGCUGAUGCUUACUGGGAGGAGUUAAUGAUGAAUGAAAUGACUGCCUGGGAGGUUGUUGUGGUAGAACAAACCUCUUCAGGAGAGAGUAGCUUGUCAUUCUCAUCACUGGCCCAAGAACCUAGUCGUUAUGAAGAGCUCAUUGUCCAGGACCUGUCAACUAUUGGAAAUAUCUUUCCAGAGGGUCAUGUUUUCUUCUCUGCUCAUGAUAUAUAUCUUGGCAACAGCAUUUCGUCCUAUGGUGGAUUCUUCAGAUAUUCACUCUUGUUUGUGAAAGGAGAUAAUGGAACUGAGCUUACAGGUCCAGAUGUUAUCCUGACAGGAAGUAAUGUCAUUGCUCUGUAUUACUCUGAGUAUGAUCCAGCAACUUCUCAGGUGUAUGAUGGUUAUGUUCGGCUGACAGAGCACAGCUUCAGAACACUGUCAGGAGCUCCACUGCAGAGGGAUCAGUUCAUGAUGUUGCUGUAUGGACUGGAUGGUGUAUUCAUCAGAGCCAGUUACUGGAGCAACUCUGUUGAAGCCAGAUUGUACAAUGUUAGUAUGGAAGCUGCAACUGUCAACUGGCCAGGACCAGGAGCUAGAUCAUCCUUGUCUGUUGAACUGUGUCAGUGUCCUGUGAAUUACCAAGGCUCAUCAUGUGAAGAAUGUGCUUAUGGAUACUAUAGAGCUCAGCAAGGGCCAUAUGGUGGAUACUGUGUCCAGUGCCAAUGCAAUGGCCAUGCAAGCACUUGUGACAAAGUGACUGGAAAGUGCUUGAAUUGCCUGCACAACACUGUGGGUGAUUACUGUGAGAUGUGUGCACCAGGAUACCAUGGAGAUGCUACCAGGGGUACUCCAUAUGACUGUCUUAUUUGUGCUUGUCCAAUGCCAUCUAUUACAAACAACUUUGCGGACAGCUGUGAGGUGACACAUGAUGGAGCCUCCAUAAGAUGUGACUGCCAAGAGGGUUACAUUGGAGAAAGAUGUGAACGUUGUGCAUCAGGAUAUUAUGGCCAGCCUGAGGUUCUUGGAGAUAAGUGCCGACCUUGCGAGUGCAAUGAAAACAUUGAAGUUGAAGAUCCCUUCGCUUGUGAUGACAUUACUGGACGUUGUCUGAAUUGCUUGAAUGACACCUAUGGAGACUCCUGUGAACGGUGUGCGCCAGGCUUCUAUGGUGAUGCUGUUACCCUAAAGAACUGUGAGAGUUGUACAUGCGAUGAGUGCGGUACAAGGAACUGCCAACAUUUCUCUGGUGUUUGUGAGUGUUAUGAAAAUGUCAUCGGGAAUGACUGUAGCCAAUGUGCUCCUGAUCAUUGGGGCUUUGCUUCAUGUCAGGGAUGUCAGCCUUGCAUGUGUGGUGUUGCAUCUGUCAGUACACAGUGUGACAGAGGAACAGGGCAGUGUGAGUGCAGAAGUGGGGUAGGAGGUCAGCGCUGUACUCAGUGCAAGCCUGGGUACUGGAACUACUCUGAGCUGGGUUGCCAAGAAUGCACAUGUCGAGAAGGCUUUAGCAUUGGCGUUGGUUGUGAUCCUUCGACUGGUCAGUGCUCUUGCCUGCCUGGUGUGAUUGGAGCAAAUUGUGAUGGCUGUCCUUACAGAUGGGUUUUGAUUGAUGGUGUUGGAUGCCGUGAAUGUGAUGAGUGCGUUCAUGCCCUUCUUGAUACAACAGAUGAACUCUCACGUCUUAUAGAACCCACUAUUGUUGAAUUUGAGUCGGCAGCACACAGUUACUUCUUGAACCAACGCCUUGAGGUCAUCAACUCAACAAUGAACGAGCUGAAGCCAAAAGUGGCCCUUAUGGACAUUUCAGAGGAAGACACCAAGCCUAUCCAAGAUGAACUCGAGGCCAUUAGAAAAGAGGCUCAGGCCGUGUCUGGAAGAGCAGGCAUUGUGUUGGACAGAGCAGGAGACUCAGCUGGCGAAGGGUCUGAUGUGCACAAGGAAGCUCUGGAUGUAGAAAUGCAGCUGAAUGAAGCUUUCUACACUGUGCGUGACAUCAUUGGGGAGAUUAACAGGCUGGUCAUUGGCCUGGAGACUGGUGCAGGUGCCCACCUUGAGCAAGCCAUUAAUGAAGCAGAAGUUAUCGUAGAAGUCAUGCAAGAUCGGAACUUUGAGGAAUUCCGUGAUAAGGUGGAAGUAGAACUGGAAUUGUCCAAGGAAUUGUUGGACAAGAUCAACCUGUUCUAUGAGCCAGUUAAGGAACAUAAUAAGGCAGUCGGUGCUUAUGCUGAUCAGCUAAAGGACUUUGAUAAAAAGCUGGAGGAAAUGCAAGGUUUCAUUCAGAAGGCCCAGAUGCAAACCAAAGAUGCCAUGGAAAGAAAUCGUAACAAUAAAUUAUUUGGCUAUGAAGCACUAAAGAAGAAAAUAGAGGAAGCAAAUCGCGUGGGCAAGGAAGUAGAUGGUGACUUGGAGAAGUCACGCAAUCGUGUUGAUGAAGCAAACAAAAAUUACCUCAAUGCUUCAAUGAACUAUGAAGAACUGUUGGUGGAGUUGGAGCAACUGCAUGCAGCCAGAUCCACACUCAAUACAACAGUGUUACAAAUAGUGCAAGAAUUAGAGGAAGCACAGUUACCAGCAAUGAAGGCUAAAGAACAUGCAGAAGUGCUCAAAACAAGGGCUGAUGACCUCGACAGUCUGCUUGCUGACACCCGAGAAGUUUCUGAAAAGGCCCUUGCAGCUGCAAAUGCAUACAUGGACAUUGUGAAAGCAAUUGAAGAUGCUCGCCAAGCUGCAGAAGCAGCAAAGGAAGCAGCUAUGAAGGCCCUGGAACUUUCAGGAGGUGUCAGUGAUGAUGCAGUUGUAUCGCAGAAGAAGUCGGAAGAGAAGUAUGAAAUGGCAGUGUGGCGAUCCCAACAAGUGGAAAGCGAGUUGCAGCCUCAACUUGCACAGGCUGAGAGUGAUGUCCGCACCCUUAGAGAUAUGAAUACAUACAUUAGUGAUACCAUUGUGGUGAUUGGCAGUUCAUUGGACAAGCUGCAGCAAGAAUCAAUUGCAGAUGAAGCAUCCAGUCUAAAGGAAAAUGCCAUUCAGUCUAGGGACCUUGCUGGGGAAGCCAUUUUAAGCAUAGGUAAUGUAGAGGAGCAGCUUCCCGAAGCAUCAGCUCGGAGUCGUCAGCUGAUGAAGAACGUUGCUGAUGGGGAAAAGGCCAUUCAACUUGCAGACAGACAAGUGGAACAGGUAGAACAGCAGGUGCCAGAGAUGAUGGAAUUGGCAGCCAGCCUACGCCGAAAGAAGGAAUCCAUCCAAAUGAAAGGCAUUGAUGUGGGUGACCGACUCAAGGAAUUGCGCCGUUCCAUCCAGAAGACACGAGAGCUGGCCAACAAGAUCAAAGUUGGUGUUGAAUUCCAGCCCAACACAACCAUUGAGCUCCAAAACCCAGAGGAUAUUACAAAGGCAGCCACAUCCACCAAGGUAUCUAUGUUCGUGCGUACAGAUGAACCUUCAGGAUUACUGAUGUUCAUGGGAACCCCAGUUGGAGGAAGCAAGUUGAUGCGCCGCACUAAAACAGAUGACUUCAUGGCCUUGGAGAUGGACAGUGGAUUUGUCCGCCUCACCAUGGACUUGGGUGAUGGCUCGCACUCCAUUGAGAACAACAAGCUGCGCAUAGAUGAUGGCAUUUGGAGAGAAAUUAGAGUUGACAGGACGGGUAAGCUUGUGAAACUAAGCAUAGUUUAUGAAGAUGAGGACAAGAGUGAGGCAAUUGCAUCUGUAGAAAAUGAGUUACCUGGCACCUUCUCUGUCUUCAACCUUGAUCCGGGUGUGUCAAAGAUAUUCAUUGGUGGAAUUCCACCUGGAGUUCAGGUUGACAGUGCCAUUCGCAGCACCUCUUUCUAUGGCCAAGUGGAAGACUUCAGGCUCAAUGAUCGUCCUAUUGGUCUGUGGAACUUCAUGUCUAAUGGCACCAACAACAUUCAACAACGUGGUGCACUGGAAAGAGAUCAACUUGUAGAUUUAGUUCCUCCAACUGGACUAAGAUUUGAUGGCAACGGAUACGCAGCCAUGGACACGCGCAAUGGCUACAGAUUCAAGAAGAAGUUUGAUCUGCAGCUUGACUUUAAGACCUAUGCAGAAGAUGGUAUCCUCUUCUUCAUUAGUGGUGCUGAUGAUCAGUACAUAGCUGUUACCAUGGAAGAAGGCCAUGUGCUGUUCCAAUUCAACCUUGGAACAGGAGUAGCGACAAUGAAGUCAGAGGAGACCUAUCAUGAUGGAGAGUGGCACCAUGUGGAAGUAGCAAGAGAGCAGAAUAGAGGCAUCAUGAAGGUUGAUACUAAGGGAGUCCAAGGAGAAUCUCCAGGCAGUGCAAGGCUUUUCACAGAAGUCCCACAAAGAAUGUACUUUGGAGGCUUGCCUGGUGAACAUGAAUUUAUUGAUACAACAAAUGAUGAUUUUGAUGGAUGCAUUGACCACAUAGUCAUGUCUUCUGUAGCUGUUGAUCUUUCUAAGAGUACAGAAACAUUGAGUGCAGCACCUGGCUGCCCAGUUAAGGUGGCCAGCUUAGUAUCCUUUGAAAAGAUGGCUCCAGGCUAUGUAAAGCACACUAGCCCUGAUGGAACUGGCCUACAGCUCACCUUCAAGUUCAAGACAGAUCAGCCAGAUGGUCUCAUUUUCUAUACAACUACAAGGAACCAAGACAGUUAUGUCUCUUUGUCACUGGCAGAAAGUGCUCUCAUUUUGAGAGCUGCUCCAGGUGGAGAGCUUAGUACAGGGUCCUAUAAUAAAUAUAAUGACAGUGAAUGGCAUGUUGUUAAUGCUAUUCGUGAACAUAACCAGCUUCGUCUUCAUGUUGACGACUUCGAAGAUUUCAAAGUGUCUGUUGCACAACCAGCAGUGCCAUUUGAUGGACCUGUCUUCUUUGGUGGAGUACCAGCUGAAUACAAUAUUGCAGCUGCUGCAUCAGCCACAGACACUAACUUCUUUGGCUGCAUUGGUGAUGUCACGCUCAACAGCAAGAUUGUGAACUUUGCAGAGAGCACUGACCGUCCAAGAGCACUGUUGCAGAAAUGCCACCUGGUGAGAAGCUUGUCACACUUCCAGUCUUCUACUUUUGGAGCUGGAAGAGAAACCAACACUAGUGCCCCCGGAGACACCCUCACCGUGCAGAUUCCCGAGGUCGUGGAAGUGGAUUUCGACUCCUCCUCUUAUCCCCCCCCUUACGUUACCACUGACUCCUCCCCUCAGCUUGUCACCUCUGCUUCCUCCCCAUUCCCCACCCCUCCUCCCUCUACCACUGAAAUAGUCACUAGCACAACAGAGGAGAUCCAAGCAGAAGUGGAUGACACUGACCUUCUUGAAAGCUGUGCUCUUCCUGUUGACCCUGUAGAGGAAGAACCUGAUGAUAGUGCUGGUUUCCGCUUUGACGAAGAUCACCCGGUCGACUUGAAAUUUGGAAGCAGACGAACCAGCCGCAUUGAGUUCGAAACCUUGCCCAGCAGUGCUCGCGGGGACUUCAAGUUCUCGUUUGACUUCAAGACGAGCGCCACCGAAGGCGUCAUCUUCUAUGCGUCGGACGACCUUCAUCGUGACGUCAUCGCUAUAUACAUGAAGGAUGGGAAAAUCGUGAUGCGCUUCAACCCGGGCGACGGGGCGGUCCAGAUGCGCUCGCAGAAGGCCUUCAACGACGGCUUGUGGCACAGUGCAGUGCUGGAGCGGAGCAACGCCUUCGGGGUCCUGUACGUGGAUGGCUACCAGGAAGGGAACGGCACGAGCAAAGGCAACUCCAAGUUCAUCGAUCUGAAGCCUCCCUACUUCUACGGCGGCCUCAGCACAGAGAUCGCCGACCAGGCCCGCGCCAACACGGAGGAGACCGACCUCUCCUUCAACGGCUGCCUGCGAAUCAUGCGCAUGAACAACCAGCGCCUGAGCGGAGCGCAUCAAGCCUUCGGCCUCAACCGCUGCUCGGAGAACGUGGAGCCGGGCAUCUUCUUCGGCAAGGGGCCUCGGGCUCACGUCGUCCUGCGCCAGCGCUUCAGUGUGGGCCGCGUGUUCGAGAUGAAGAUGGACAUCAAGCCGAGAAAGAACAACGGCGUGAUUAUGUCCGUGCACGGGCGGCGAGACUUCGUGCUGUUGCAGCUGAGGAACGGUAGCGUGGAGCUCACGGUGGACAACGGCAAGGGCGAGAUCGUGAACAGGUACACUCCGUCGUCGCCGUGGACGAUCUGCGACGGGAAGUGGCACACGAUCCAAGUGAUCAAGAACAAGAUCAUCGCCAUCCUUAUCGUCGACGGGACCUCCACCAACCCAGUGUCCGGCAAAAUCGGCGCCACCUCGACGGACACGAAACACCCGCUGUUCUUGGGCACGCAGCCUCGUAUAAUGCAGCGGCGCGGUAAUGGUGUGGCAGAAAGAUUCGUCGGCUGCAUGAGGAACGUGUCGAUUAACAAGGAGACGGAAGAAUUGCCUUAUGCUACGUUCGUGGGACAAGUCAACGCCGGCGCGGGGCCCACCGGGGAGGAAGAAAAGAAGGCGGGGGUGCUGAUUAAGAUCUCAGUUGUAAGGAAGGUUGUUAAAUUGGACAUAGACAUGACAAAAAGGUCUCGGGCAGCGUCCGACAACUGA